GGUACUACGCCGAAUAUGCCACAAAGAAGUCGAGACAAGUUGUUGUCAGACAAUCGUGGCUCAAUGUGUACAACACUAAAAGUAUAGGGGAGGAAAUCGACGUCUUUAAAAAAAUAUAUAUAUAUAUUAGAUACUCGCAAUAGACAUGACGGAAAUGUUUUCAAAUCUGUAUGGGCAAAAUGAAGCUCAGGGACCUCCCGGAUCAUCGUCUUUGGGAUUCGGACCGGGAAAACCACCACCGCCUCUGCCGCCAAAUCAAGUCACGAUGGCGGCUCAGAUGCCACCUCAGCACGGGGAUGAGGGGCCUGCUCUACGGAAGCCGGGAGCAAUGAACGAACCUUUUUAUUUACUGCGAGAGCUACCAGUGGGCAAUGAGCUGACGGGCAACACCAACCUAAUCACCCAUUACAACCUGGAACACGCCUACAACAAGUUCUGUGGCAAGAAGGUUAAGGAGAAGCUCAGCAACUUCCUGCCAGAGUUACCAGGUAUGAUAGACUGUCCUGGUACCCAGGAUGGCAGUUCGUUGCGCUCUCUGAUAGAGAAGCCUCCAGUGUGUGGCAACUCCUUCAGCCCUCUGACCGGAGCCAGCCUCACCGGCUUCAGACUGCACACCGGACCUCUACCAGAGCAGUACAGACUGAUGCACAUCCAGCCCCCAAAGAAAAAGAGCAAAAACAAGCACAAACACCACCGACCACAAGAUCCCAUACCGCAAGAAACACCGUCAGACUCUGACCCCAAGAAGAAGAAGAAAAAGAGGGAUGAUGACCCCGAUCGCAAGAAGAAAAAGAAGGACAAGAAAAAGAAGAAGAACCGCCACAGUCCGGACCACCCUGGCUUGGCUGGCUCUCAGCCCAACAGCAACAGCCUCCGAUAGACCAGACAGACACCGUGUGUGUGUGUGAGGAGCAGCGAGUGAAUGUGUUUGAAGAGAAUCAGGAACUGUUUGUGAGAAUGUAUGCAGAUACGAGAGAUUAUGCAUGUGUGAGAGAGGGAUACGCAAAUGUCUGUUUGUACAGUAUGUGAGUUUGUGAGAAAGGUCACGUGUGUAGGUGGCAGAUUGGAUGUGCGCAUGGUAGAGUAAUGUUGUUACAGUAUGACAGAAGGCCACUGUGAUGUUCUGACUGAGUACAGUGCCUUCGGAAAGUAUUCAAACCCCUUGACCUUUUCCACAUUUUGUUACGUUAAUUGAAUCAAUUUUAGAA